AUGUUAAAUGCUUCAAUAAAAAGGAGUGAAUUUAUUGUUGGCGUCGAAAUAUCAGUGUACUGUCUCAGUUUGACACUGAGGCUAAGUCAGCAGUUGCAAAGCCCGAAGCAGGAUUUGUCUUCUGCAUUAGCUAAUGUGUCUCAAGUUUUGGACACUUUUCGGAGUGUAAGACAAAACGCAGAACUCGAAUUUCAAACUAUUUACAAAAACUGCCUUGAAAUUGCUGAAGAAUUGGAUCUGGAGUUAGAAAUACCCAGAUCAGGAAAGCGUAAAAGUGCUCGAGACUGUACACCUCCAGAAAAUCCAGAAGUUUAUUUCAGACGAACAGUCUUUCUUCCUCUGAUAGAUCACUUCAUUUCCGAGAUUGAUUGCAGAUUUAGCAGAGAUUUUCUUGGAGUGCUUCCCCUCGAAGGUCUAAUUCCAUCGAACUUGUCGAGGUAUACUGACAAAAAUAUUAUAACUGCUGCAGAAAAAUACAGGAAUUUUACAGAUGAACUAGGAAGUUUGAGCUUGCUAUUAGCAGAAAUCAAGAUGUGGAGGAAUAAAUGGCUGCCGAUAUGCGGUCCUCCUACAACAGCUAUCGGGGCACUGAAAGAGCUAGACCCUUCGUUUUUCCCAUCUAUUGCUGUUCUUCUCCAAAUUUUCGUAACAAUCCCAGUAACGACUUCAACAGCUGAACGUAGUUUUUCUACCUUAAAAAGGAUAAAAACCUAUUUAAGAAGCACAAUGGGAGAAGUACGGUUAAAUGGACUUGCUCUAGCAAAUGUGGCAAGAGAUAGAGAUGUAUCUGUCGACAAAAUAAUUGAACUCUUCUGCAAAAGUAAGAAGAGGAGAAUGUGCUUGGAAAACUGGGAACAUGUCAAAUAA